AUGUGUGAGUAUGUAUGUGAUUGCAUGCAUGUAUGUAUAUGUGGGUGCAGUGCAAUAUUAAAUGUUGGAUGGUGUUACAGCGAGCAAGAUAAAGAACAAAUACAAAGUAAUGAUUACGUCAGCAAUACAAGCAAUAUAUUUCAAAUUAGAAGUGGUGAUAAAUAUUAUCACGUUGAUAUUACCAUGGAAAAGAAUGAAAAUUCAGGAGGAGGAAAAUCGAUUGACGGCAAGGUUGGCGAUAAAAAUUAUAUAUUCGUAUCUGCAAUUGGUGGUGUUGGCUUUCUGUUUGUGAUCCUGUUGUUGGUCUGUGUGGCUUGUGUUUGUAAAGGAAGAAAGAGAGCAAACUCAGAGAAUGCUCGAAGAAGUAACAACAAAUCACCUAUGGGUUCGUUGAGGAAGGACCGUAUCAUGGUAGAUUUUGCUGUAAACGAAUACAAUAAAAGGCAAAAAGCUAAAGAAAAUGUGUAUGUGGAUUUGCCUGCGUAUCGGACUGAAGCUCCACCUUCGUAUACAGUUUUCGAGGAUAAGAAGUCACCCAUAUAUGAUGAGAUUGCCGCAUGCAAGGCUUGGGUAGAAAUUGAAUAGUUACAAACCAACACUACUGCGAAAGUGUUUUUCAAAUCAUCCAUUCUUGGCUGGUUUGUUCAAAAAUUGCUAUACGUUUAUCAUUUCAACUGCAUUUUUAUUUGAAAUAGCGGACUUGAAUUCCAUUUCUUUUCAGUAGUUAUUCAGAAUGUUAUGAAUUUUUUUUUUAUAUCUAAAUUGUUUAUGUUCUCGUUCAACCUUCGACUUAUUUUUUUUUUAACAUAAGUUUUGCUCUUUUUUGGCAUAGCUUUUUUAUUUUAUUUAUAUAUUCAACUGUUAAUUAUUUAUUUUAUAUUGAUUAAAUAUUUUGAAAUUUGUUUUUUCCGCCUUGUCCUUUACUUCGUUUUUGCUUUUGUUUUAUAGUCUUAAUUUUUCUGUCGUUGUCAGGCCAUAAUUUGCUUUAAUUGCAUGUUUUACGUAAUAUUAAACUGUCUAAAUCACUUUGCGGAUAUUAAGUAAAGAUUUAUUUUUGCCAGCUUUGCUUAACUUAUAUAAAUUGGCACGCAUUUUGACAUAUACAAUUUGUCAAUUUUCUUUAUUAAGUAUCAUUAGUAAUAAUAAUAAUAAUAAUAAUAAUUAUUAUUAUUAUUAUUAUUUAAAAUAACGUAAAACGCACGUAAAUAUUGUAAUUUGUAUUUUGUAAUCGAGGCUUUUAAAGUUUGAUAUUUAUUGUUUUGAGCAAAAUUAUACUCCUAAAAAUUCAGAGUGUUAAUUUUCGUCCACUAAUUCUCAAAAACAAUGAGUCUCAUUUUUUAAUCUUUCUAAAAGUAUGUUAAGUUGAAUGUUGUGUAAAAUAAAUAGAGAAGGAAGUUGCAAGAGAAAAUAUCACAUGAUUUUCCUCUAAUUAAAGAAAGGAGAAGUAACUUUUCAUUUUAACUAAUAAUAUUUAAUAAUUUUCAUGUUAUUUUUACUUGAAUUAUUAUUUAAAAUAACGUAAAACGCACGUAUAUAUUGUAAAUUUGUAUUUUGUAAUCAAGGCUUUUAAAGUUUGAUAUUUAUUGUUUUGAGCAAAAUCAUACUCCUAAAAAUUUAGAGUGUUCAUUUUCGUCCACUAAUUCUCAAAACAAUGAGUCUCAUUUUUUGAUCUUUUUAAUAGUCUGUUGAGUUCAAUGUUGUGUAAAAUAAAUAGAGAAGGAAGUUGCAAAAGAAAAUAUCACAUGAUUUUCCUCUAAUUAAAGAAAGGAGAAGUAACUUUUCAUUUUAACUAAUUAUAUUUAAUAAUUUUCCUGUUAUUUUUACUUGAGUUAUUAUAUAAAAUAACGUAAAACGCACGUAAAUAUUGUAAAUUUGUAUUUUGUAAUCGAGGCUUUGAAAGUUUGAUAUUUAUUGUUUUGAGCAAAAUUAUAAUCGGAAAAAUUUUUGAGGGGUUUUUUUUAUAUCUGUCCACUAAUUCUCAAAAACAAUGAGUCUCAUUUUUUAAUCUUUCUAAAAGUAUGUUAAGUUGAAUGUUGUGUAAAAGAAAAAGGGAAGGACAUUUAAAAAGAAAAUUUCACAUGAUUUUUCUCUAAUUAAAGAAAGGAAAAGUAAAUUUUGAUUAUAACUAAUAAUAUCUAAUAAUUUUCAUAUUAUUUUUGCUUUAUUUUUUAUUUUUUAUAGCAUGCACAUGGGUUAGUCAUUUUUUGAUUUUACGCUUGAGGCUUUUGAAGUUUUCUCCGAAAUUUCUGUUAUUGAUUAAGAGAAAGAAAAAGAAAAAAAGUGAUUACUGAAGAAAAAUUUGUUACUUGCAUGUUGGAGUUUAUACUCAUUUUCAGUAUGUUGUGCAUCGAAUGUUACAAACACAUUGUGUGAUAAUACAACUUUAAAUAAUAAUUUGUAUAUAUAUAUUUACUCGCCUUACUUUAAAUUACGUGGACUUAAAUUUAGUUGCGCUAAAUGUGAGAAAAACAAAAGAAAAAGAAAAUAUCUGAUUUUCAUGUUAACUAGUCUAUUAUAAUAAUGAGUUUGCAGUCUCAGCAAAAUCUUUUGGUUUCGAAAAAUACUCAUACCGGUUAAUGAAUUAAACGAUGCCACAGAAUUUGUUUUGAAUAAUUUGCAAAAAUGAAUAUCACUCUUGCUUUUUUUAUAUUCUGUAGUAUUUGCACAUAUACGUAGUGUAUCAGCCGGUCUGAUUUAGUAUUUCUUUUAGUGUUUGCUUUAAUUUGAAAAUAUAAGAAUAGAAUAGUGUGA